AUGAAAGCACAAUCCAAUACAAGGUGCCCGAUGCAGACGACUGCCGCCGCCAAGAAGAAGGAAGCAGAGAAGCGGGAAAUCGAGGCUUCUAGUCGGAAGAACCUUGCUGGUGUCAGGGUUGUCCAGAAGAACUUGGUCUACGUUAUCGGCUUAAACCCCACAAUACGAGAUGAGGGUCAGCUUUUACAAACGCUACGAGGUCCGGAGUAUUUUGGGCAAUAUGGCGAAAUUGACAAGAUCGUUGUCAGCAAGGCAAAGCCGGGUGGUAACCCCAAUCAAGGUAUUGGUGUCUACGUGACGUUCGCGCGCAAACUCGAUGCAGCUACAUGUAUUGCAGCCGUGGAUGGUUCUCAGAACGGCGACCGUCUUCUUAGGGCUCAAUAUGGAACGACUAAAUACUGCUCCUCUUUCCUUCGAAACGAACAAUGCAACAAUCGAAACUGCACAUUCCUGCACGAAACUGGCGACGACAGUGAGAGCUAUAGCAGACAAGAUCUGUCGUCGAUGAACACAGCACAGAGACAUGGGUAUCAAAAUGGUGUCGCAGCCGCUGCCAAUCGACCUUUUGCCCCGACAGUGCAAUCUCAACCAAUGCGGCGGCAGGGGAGCAAGGAUGAAGUAGCAAAGCCGUUACCAGAUGGCCCUGCUCUUCCGUCCUCUGCGAGUUGGGCCAACAAGGAUGCCCCAAUCAAUCGUGCCAGACGGCUCAGCACCACUGGUAGUCGCUCGUCACCAAGUCCAAAACCCGCAAAUGUUCCCAUUGCCAAGAACGAAGAAGUCAAAAAACAUUUUGUUUCCGCUCACGAUUCACGACGCUCUACUCCUGCUCCAACCCAGCCUCAAGCAAGCACACAAGCUGCUUCCCCAGCGCAAAAUAUACCCCCAAAAGAUAUCUUAUUAGAAUCUCUUCUAAAAUCUGUCAACUCACCCGAAUUUCGCUUUGUUUUUUCCACUGAAGGCUUGUCGGAUGAUGAUCUUAAAUACAUAGAGAAUGGUCCAUCUUUUAUCGAUCCUUAUGGUGGGGCGAAGCGCCGAGCAAUGAGGGAGAAAGCUGAACAGGAGCGUGCAAAAGAGGAGGCCGAAGCCCAGUCAUUAUUACAAUCUGCAGCUGCGGCGGAUGAAGAGACUCGGGAGAGUGGCAGCCUGCAGCUUGGAGGUGAACCGGACGAUGUUCAUCCAGUCAGAGGUGCGGUUUCUCGCAGUCGUGAUACUCACGGGGCCAUUCAACCCCCUUCCCAACAGGGAACCGGCACCAAUUCUGCUGUUGGUUCUCCGGCAUCUAUGUCACAACCGUUCCAGAGCUUGAACAUGACCACCCGGAGCUUGACGCCACUUCAACAACAUCAGCUUAUGUUGUUAAAAUCCGGCGGCGGCCAGCAAAGUGGCCUGAUGGAUACUCUCAGCCCUGCUUAUGAUCAGACCUCUCAAACCCGACCAGGUUUAUUUCAAGGAUCAAUAAGCCAAGCAGGGCACACAUCCAAUACUAGACUUCUUGGCCAGCAAAACUUGAUGCAAUCUGGAAAUUCUAGUCAUGUGGCAGUCCCAGCUCCUCAGCAAGGCAUAUCGAACCAGUUCUAUACGAGUAGCGUACAGGGACCCCCUCCGGGUCUGAAAACUGCCGGCACUCCUCCCAUCAGUGGCGGUGGCAUGUUUGCCCAGGGCCAUGGCUUCACAUCCAAUACCAAUCUGGGAUUGGGCGGAAAUGUCGGCAAACAAGAGGCGAAUCCAGAUCUUAUGCGAGAGUUACUUCGUGGUCGCGGCGUUGCAGCUAGCACAGGUGGUUUACAAGGUCAUGAAUCUGCUAAGCGUGAGUUUCUUCUCCCUUUCAUCCAACAGCACAAUACUCCCCCUCCCCUGACUCCUGCUACUGGCCUUCUCAACGCCUUCUAUGGUACCCAGAACGGCGCCUUUGCCGAUUUUGGGCCACAGAAGCAGAAGAAGAAGGGGAAGAAGCACAGACAUGCUAACACUUCCUCCGGUGGAGGCGGUGUAGUAGAUCUUGCGGACCCGAGCAUACUACAGGCGAGGAUGCACCAAGCCGGUGUUGGAACGACUGGGCAAGUACUGUACGGAAGUCAGGGGCAAGUUGGCGUCGCUGCACUUAUCAUUGGCGACUUGCAUGUUCUGGGUUCUUUAUUCCUCCGGCCAGCAGAAGCUUUCCGCUCUGGCUCCUCUUUCAGCAUUCUGCCAUUGCCACCUGCUGGUGAUCCAAAAUGGUUAUUCGCCGAUGAAGACUUUCCUCCUCUCACCCCUGGGCUGAAGGGCAACGUUGAAAAUGGUUUUCGCUCUGCUUUGUCCAAGGAGUCGCAGAAUCCUUCUCGCUCCGGGACACCGUCUCUUCCCCCGGGGCUCCCGCUUCCACAUGGUCAUCCAGCAGCGGCUUUCUUCAAAGAAAAUUCCAGCCCGAUGUCAUCUGUUAGUGUACCAGCUCAAGCUCCCCCGGGUCUUCCGGCCUCACGGCGUGGGACUCCGUUACAAAAGUCAUUGGAUAUAUCACGACGCCAGACUCCAGCGGCCGAAGAUGUUUCUGAGAAUACUCAGGUAGAAAAGACUCGCAAUUUUGGAGAUAUCUCUUUGGGUUCUCCAAUGGCACGAUCAGCCCGAAAGGCCAAUAUUGCAAGCCAAGCAGAGCAACAGCCUACUAACAAAGAAUCACCCGCUUGUGACCCGGUAAAAGGUUUCCAAAAAAAGGUCAAACCCAUCAAGCUUGAUCUGUCUACGCCUUCUGAAGAAUUGCCGUCGUAUACGUCACCUACAAAAGAAGUACCUGUGUCUAGCUAUGCUGCGGCAACCACAAUGCCACAAUCAACUGCCACGAUCAGCUCGCGACCCGGUACGCCUUUGACAGCAAUAUCGCGGAACUCUGAUUCAUCCGGCACCCGUCAGCCGAGAGUGCUUCGAGUGGUUGACACGCAGAAGACGGAGACACCACCGCCACCAGCGGUGCAGUCAUUGCCUUCACUCGCUCAGACCAAGAUUCGCUCUAGACGCCCUAGUCUUUCCCCUGAAAGGCGAGCUUCCACCCCCGCUGAUGCAGGGUCUGACUAUGAAAUGACGACUUCUGCAUCGGCUUCCCGAGCCAACUCUCCACCUCCUACUAAAAUAGGCACUGCACCUGUUCGCGCAAUGACAAAGAACCAGGCAAAGAAAGAGCGCAGAUUAAAGGCGAAACAGGCAGAAGAAGCUAUAAAAGAAGAGGUAGCUGCAAUGACUCCCGAGGAGCCUGUUCAAGCACCGAUUGUAGGACGCAAACGCAAAACGAAAAAGCCACCAGCAGUGCCAUCUGAGCCGUCUCCUGCUACGAAACCUGCUUCUGAUAUGGAGACACAAAAGAAAGAAACAAAAUCUGAGCUAGAAAGUCAGAAACCAAAACUAACUAAGGCGGAUACUGAGAAGGCUGCCUCGGAUGAAAGUGGCACCAAGCCCCCCAGCGUCGAGCCCUGGAGGGCUAAUAAUACGAUUGCGCAAUUGGUUAAAGAUGCGGAAAGUACUGGAACUGCAAUCAAGGAUCUAUUCUUGGAGCGAACUGGUCCUCUCCAUGUCUUACUGGCGCAGAUGCAUAACUCUGGCCACAUUGACCUUAACAGUCAUCCACUUUUCAAUCCCCUGCCUCUGAAUCAGCGCAAUGACAUGAAAUGCUCCGCCGAUGAUUACGACAAGUUGAGGCAGCCAAUUGAUCUCACGGAAGAAGACAGGAAAACCCUUCAAAGGGGCCAACCAAUCCGAAUCAACGGUGGCUCUGACUCAGUGCAAAGCCGUUGCCUGAUCACGCCCAAGGGACGAAUCCUCCGUCAUCUUUCGGCUGAAGAAGAAGACCAAUACCUUGAAUUAGAGAGCCAUUUCGAGCCCGGAACAUGGAACGAAUACCCUGCAAUGUCUGCUACUGGCCCCGAUGCAACCAAUCUAAAUGGCGGAUUGGAUGCUCUCUAUCUGAAUCCCGGACGGUUCAACAUUCGGUGGGUGGCUGAACCCUCGAGCCCUGGAGCCUCACUUGCGACUGCGGGUGCGGUGGUAGCUACUGGAGAUCAAUUUGCGCUAGAUCCCCCAUCCGAAUCCGCUCCGCCGAAUGUUUUGUCCAUGAUGGAAGCGGACGCCAAUCGAAGCUAUACCGGAACAGUGCGAGAUGCUCAUGUCGAAACGACAGCGCGGUCUUUUGCAGGCGGCGAUUUGCAGCGGACCUUAGAUGUCAAAGGCACGGUAUUUGGCGACAUCGCAGAAUUGGAUAAUGUUUUUGGCAUGUCUAACAAGGAGCUGCGCAUUUAUAUUGACCAUUCGCAGCGUGCUCUGGAGAGCUCUCGCAAGGAGUUUGAUGCCUUUGACAAGAAGUUGUCUGCACUGGUCAAGCGAAACAAAAAGCUAGCCCAGCAGGCUCUUGGUGCAGCAGUCGAGGUUGGCAAGUAG